AUGGACGAUCAACGGACGGCGGCGAGCGCGGAUCGCGCGAGAUCACUAACGCCUACCUACUCCCCGAUACACACUCUUCCGGAUGAGCUCUUGUCUCUGAUCUUUGGGUACACCGUCUCUCAACCAGUCUUCGCCCUCAUCCCUCCCAUGAAAGGCUGGUGGAGCAUUCCCUGGGUGGACCGCCACUUCAGGCGUGUUGCACUGCAGACCCCUCGCUUUUGGGCAACUCCAGAGUUCGUCAACGAAGAGCUCCUCGAGUCUAUGCUGUCUCGCUCAGGCGUAGCACCUCUCACAGUCUGUUUCGACGACAGAGCUCACAGACUGGCUGAACGGGUGGCAGGAAGCGAUAACCUUGCUCUGACCCUCUUGACCAAGGUGCUCUUGCACCUUCCGCGCAUCGAGAACUUGACUAUCUUCGGGAGUCGUAGGACCAUUGAGCAUUCGCGCCACUUACUCCAAGGAAGGAGCGCAGCGCUACUCCUGUGCCAUUUCUCUAUGAAUUGCUACGAGAGUUGGGAAACUCUACCGCCAGCUCAGCAGCAAGAUCAGGCACGAUUCAUCACAUUCAGCGAUGACCUUUUGUGCGGACAAGCGCCACGAUUACGAGCGCUGCAUAUACACGACUUGCAACUUUCAUGGACUAGCCCUCUUCUCAGCUCCUCCCUCGUCACCCUUAUCUUGACCACGCCCCAGCAUUCGAGCAACGCCGCGGCGAUCCUCAGCGCCUUAGCGCGGAUGCCCCAACUCAAUCACCUCAUUCUUCUGAACCCCUCACCGACAAGCGAUGUUCAAGUACCGCGACCGCCGCGUGCACCCGAUGUAGUGACUCUUUCCCAACUGCGCCAGUGUCUGUUCGUCGCGGACAUCGAGGAUGCUCCCGCACUUCUUGGCACGAUCGUGGUGCCCCAGGAUGCGAAGAUGCGGAUGAUAUGCGGAGUGCCAGAUGAUAUGGAGGAUCUUACACUCGUGGUGCCUGUAGCUCAGGGCUUGAACAGAUGGUACGAGCACCAACAUCCCGCUUCGUCGUCUGCGCAGCUACUCGCGGUGCGAGUUCAGGCCUAUACAACCGGCCAUUGGGACAACCUCCGCAUCUCUACUGGCUGGGAUCGACAGCCCGAUCUGCUAUCCCAUAACAGCACCUAUGAAGCAGGCGAUCUGUUCGUCGCAGACAUGAGCGUCGACAUCGUCAUUGCGCGUCUUCACGGCACAGAGCUAGUGCUUUCUGCGUCAACACUUCUCCUACAGUCGUUGCCGAUCAGCAACGUGCGCGAGCUCGUGCUCGACUACGGCGUCCACAGCGUUACGCCAGCAUGGUGGAGGACCAUUGCAAAAGUCAUGCCAUUGCUCGACACAGUCGUUCUACACGGGCACAACGCGAGCGACUCGUUCUUCGAUGUCCUAGCCUUUUCGCUAGCACCCAUCGGCGUGACCGGGCAGGAUCCAGAAGCUCCGCCUUUGGUCCAAAACGUGCGCAACGUGUCAAUCAACGGAGUUGACUUCGCGUACCCGCCGCGCUGCACUCAAGCCGCGCGUGCAUUGAGGCGAAUGGAACGUGCUCAGAGAAAGGUACACAAACUGUGCCUUCGUGCUUGCAACAUCCCUCGCGCGCGCGUACUUGAGUUGCAAGCGCAUGUGGAGAUGAUGACCUUGGAUGAUAUGGGAAGGAAACCCGAUCCUGAAGGGAUGUUAACGUGGUCAUCUGCGCUGCGAGACUUCUAUCUGUCCGAACUAUGA